GCUGUGAGGUCUUGUUUUUGGAGCUGUGAAGGUUCCGUGUCACAUUUGCGCUGAGGAAAAAAGAAGGGGGUUCGUUAUAAAAUUGGUUUUCUACGGAUGGUCAAUGGAGAGAGCCGCAGGAGGAGAAAAAUGUACACCUAACUAAUAAGAACUGUCGCGGCUACCGCGAAGUGCCAGUUCCGACCCUUGAACGAAUGGCGAAAAACGUGUGGACGGCGGGGGCGAGUCGAACCAAAUAUGAUAUUCCCUAAAUACUCCUCCUCCGCGCCUAUAAAAGCCCCUUCGCUCCCCUUCCACCUACUAACUGGAACCGAAGUACAAAUUCCUAAUCGGAGGCUGUGGUAGACGGGGCGGCAGAGAAGAAGAAUUGGUGAGGGAAAAAGUUUUCUAAUUUGAAGAAAGGAGCAGAGAGAAAAAAAUGGCUGCCAUGAGAGGAAGUUUGAGCUGCCAUCUUCUCCAAAGAUCCGCUCUUUUUCCUCCGAGCUCUGAUUUUCUCUCCGGCGGAGAUCAGAGCAGAUUACUCAAUUUCCUUGUUCUGAGACAGAGGAAACCAGUCUCAGUUAGAGCAUGGAAAUCUCCGGUCACCGGCACAAUGAUCGUGGAUCGGCCGGUGGUUUCAGCGCUCGUGGAGAAGGAGAAGCCAGUAAAAUUAAAGGUCAAAGCUUCUGUAACUAUUAGGAGGAAUAAGAAGCAGAGCAUGAAGGAGAAGAUGGAGGCCCAGCUGGAUGCUUUCGGCGAUAGAAUGGGCCAAAACAUCGUGCUUGAACUCAUCGGCACCGAGAUCGAUCCAAGAACAAAGAAGGUGAAAACGAGCAGGGAAGCUAUUUUAAAGGAUUGGUUUAAGAACAAGGAUUUCAAAGCAGAGAAAGUAGUAUACAGUGCCGACUUCAUGGUUGACUCCAGCUUCGGCGAACCAGGAGCAAUCACUGUUCUAAACAGACAUAACAAAGAGUUCUUCUUGGAAAACAUUGUGGUGGAAGGAUUUGCGUGCGGCCCUGUUCACUUCACCUGCGAUUCCUGGGUCCAGUCCAUCAAGGAUCAACCCAGCAAGAGAAUCUUCUUCACUAAUAAGCCUUACUUGCCUUCCGAAACACCUACAGGACUGAGGGAAUUGAGGGAGAGGGAAUUGAGGGAGGUGAGAGGAGACGGAAAGGGGGAGAGGAAACUGAGCGAUAGAGUGUAUGAUUUUGCGGUAUACAAUGAUUUGGGGAAUCCAGAUAAGGGUUUUCAGUACAUGCGUCCAGUUUUUGGAGGAGAUGAGCGGCCGUAUCCUCGGCGAUGUCGCACCGGACGCCCACAGUCAGAUGCAGACUCACUGGCAGAGAGCAGAGUUGAGUACCCAACGCCAGUCUACGUGCCCAGAGACGAGACUUUCGAGGAGACGAAGGAAGAGAUGCUGACAGAAGGAAAUAUGAAAGCGCUGCUCCACAACUUAAUGCCGGCAAUUGUUGCUUCCAUCGAUCCUAACAGCAACGACAUAAAGUGCUUCCAUGAGUUCGAUAAUCUCUUCAAAGAAGGAAUCAAAUUUAAGGAAGGCAUUGAAGAUAAUCUCCUCAAAAAAAUUCCUUUCGUGAACAAGCUUCGAGAUUCAAGUUCAGCUCUUCUUCGCUACGACACCCCUCAUAUUAUUACAAAGGACAAGUUCGCCUGGCUCCGUGACGAUGAGUUCGCCCGGCAAACGCUGGCUGGAAUAAACCCCGUCAACAUUGAGCGGCUGCAGUCAUUCCCGCCGGUGAGCAAGCUGGAUCCAGCCAUCUACGGCCCUCCGGAAUCCGCCAUCAAGGAGGAACACAUCGCCGGGCAACUCGACGGCAUGACCAUCAAACAGGCCAUAGAGGAGAACAGACUGUUCAUCCUUAAUUAUCACGACAUUUUUCUCCCAUUCAUUGAUGGCAUCAAUGCGCUGGAUGGCCGGAAAGCCUACGCCACCCGAACCAUCUUCUUCCUCACUUCUCUGGGGACCCUGAAGCCGAUCGCUAUUGAACUGAGCCUCCCACAGAUGACUUCAAGAGCAAAACGUGUGAUGACGCCGCCGUCUGAUGCAACCAGCAACUGGUUGUGGCAGCUUGCUAAGGCACAUGUCAUCGCUAAUGAUGCUGGCGUGCAUCAGUUAGUGAAUCACUGGCUGAGAACACACGCUUGCAUUGAGCCAUUCAUAAUCUCCACACACCGGCAGCUGAGCAUAAUGCAUCCAAUUUUCAAGCUUUUGAAGCCACACAUGAGGUACAACUUAGAAAUCAACGCAAUUGCUCGCCAAAUCCUCAUUAGCGCUGGCGGAGUCAUUGAAUCCAGCUUCACCCCGGGGCCAUUCUCAACGGAAAUCAGCUCCGCCUUCUACGCGGAGCACUGGAGAUUCGAUCAGGAGAGCCUCCCUGCCGAUCUCAUCCGCAGAGGAAUGGCAGUUGAAGACAGGACUAAGCCGCAUGGGCUCCGGCUGCUGAUAGAAGACUACCCAUACGCAAACGACGGCCUUCUUCUCUGGUCGGCGCUGGAGACCUUCAUUAAGGAAUACGUGGCGACGUACUACCCGUCGGCAGCUGCUGUGCUCGCCGACGGCGAACUGCAAUCUUGGUACGCGGAAGUCAUAACAACAGGACAUGGGGAUCACCGGAACGCACCGUGGUGGCCUGCGUUGGCUACACCGGCGGACUUGGCUCAUAUACUCACGACGCUAAUCUGGCUUGCAUCUGCGCAGCACGCGGCGUUAAACUUCGGCCAAUAUCCUCUCGGGGCUUACAUCCCUUGCCGGCCGCCGCUGCUGAGGCGGCUAUUGCCGGAAGAGGGGGAUCCGGACUAUGAUUACUUUCUGGCCGACCCGCACAGGUACUAUCUUUCGGCGAUGCCGGAGCUAACGAAAGCUACGGCUUUUAUGACGGUGAUUGAUACGCUGUCGACGCAUUCGGCGGAUGAGGAGUAUUUGGGGGAGAGGCGGGAGGGGUGGACGGGGGAUGGGAGGGCGGUGAGUGUGUUCAAGGAGUUUGCGGGUGAGAUCAGAAGGGCGGAGGAGGAGAUUGAGAGGAGGAAUAGGGAUCCGGCGAUGAGGAACAGGUGUGGGGCUGGAGUGCUGGCUUAUGAGCUCAUGAAGCCGAGCUCGCCGCCGGGGAUCACGUGCCGUGGGGUUCCUAACAGUUGUUCCAUAUGAAGAAGGAGGUCAGUUGGCUAGUGGAUAGACAUUUUUGGGGGGUUAAUUGAAGAAUGUGUAUAGGAUUAUUAGGGGAAAGAUGUGAUUUUUGGGAAUCGUAAGGCGAAUUGGUCGAGCUUGUUGAUAAAAAAAAUAAAAAAGGGAGAUUUUGAUUUGUUGGUAUUGGUGUUGUGCAUAGGAAGGGGGAUAUGGAUGGUGUUUGCUACAAUUGGGGUUGAUUGUGAUGUAUUUAUAGGAUUUUAAUAGAAAUGAAUUGGGGAAUAUUAGUCCUUGAAGGUGGUACAUUUGUUGUACAGAUCGUUUAUUUUGUAUCU